UCCCUCUUCUCUUUCCUUACAUUAGCUAGCUAGCUAGUAGUCAGUGUUUUGGUUAAAUGCAUGCCAAAGUGGUCCCUCCAGAGAAAAGCUCAAGUGAUUGUAUCUUCAUAUAUUUCAGACAGUUCGUGUGAGCUCUUCUACGAGAACAUUAGCAGGAAGCACGCAAGUGUGAAGACCAUGGUGGUGAAUCUCUGCCUGCCACAUUUCAAGACCACCAUCCAGUGUGACAAGCUGUGUGCAGAUGGGUAUGACGUCACCAACCUCCUAUCGGCCGACCCAACUGUCCGGAGGCGGGGUUUUAAGCUGGAGUACUUCCUUCGGCCACCCGUUCAGGUGACACUGCAGUUUGGUUUCCAGGUGGAAGUGUGUCGGGUGGAUGUGGAGCUGUGGCCCUGGGGGAUGGACCGUGGACAGGCCUGCAAGAGGUUGGAGAUCAGCACCAGCUCUGAUCCCCCACUCCCUCACAACCACAGCCUAGAGCAGGGCCAAAGUCAGGUCCAACAAGGCCAAGAGAAGGGCCAGCAAUGGGAUCAAGCCAAGUCCCAAUUCAAAGGCCACCAAUGGGGCCUCCAGGCCCAACAGUGGAGCCUACAAGGCCAGGAGAAGAGCCAGCAAUGGGCCCAACGUGGCCAAACUCAGAGUCACACAGACACCAGCCAGGGGGAUUUCCGCCUAGUGGGACGCUGUGAACUAAGAGAAGAGACCCAUGUCAGUUUCUCCCAUCCCUGUUUCCGCCCGCGCCCUCCCUUUCCCUCCCUGCCACCGCCCCCCCGAGAGGGGUGUAGACAAGAGGAGCUGUGGAGCAGGGGGCCGCUCUCACUAGGCUCUGUGAAGCAGCUCCGUGUGUCAGUGCCGUACGGUGCGGGAGCCUCCGCGAUGGGGCUCAAGGCACUGGCAGUGUGGGGGCUGCCUUCUCGCUGCUGCCCUCCAGAGGAGGCGGAGAGGGUGAGAAUAGCACAUGAGAAUGCUAGCCUGAGACCAGCGCCACAGCUUAGCCACUUGGCAUCAGCGCAGUCUCCACCUGUCGUUCAACCACAGCCACUGUCACAGACGACAACAGCAACUAGCCUCCUGCAGGUCCCUGAGGAUUUCCUGGACCCCCUGACCCAGGAAGUGAUGCUGCUCCCUAUGCUGCUGCCCAGCGGAAUGUCUGUGGACAGCUCCACUCUGGAGGAGUACCAGAGGAGGGAAGCUACCUGGGGUCGUGUCCCCAACGACCCCUUCACCGGUGUCCCCUUCAUCCCUGAGGCACAGGCCCUCCCCAACCCCCACCUGAAGAGCCGCAUCGACCGCUUCCUGCUUCAGACAGGGUUAGAGGUCAGGGAGGGAAUGGUGGGGAGGCAGGUCCAGGGGGAGAGUCCGCACACCUCCAGGCUCAUACCCCCAGAGAGGACUGGGGACAGUGGGGACUCUGCUGUCACUACUGCUGCUGCUAUAGAGUCAGCCAACCACCAGGGUGCACUUAGCAGAAACAGUGGGACACUCACACAGACUACCCAAAAACGUGCAGAAAGUGUAAAUACUGAGAGGAGCCACUCUACACAGCAAAGGGGAACCGGAGCUUUUAACAACAGGGUCAAGAAUGGGAAGGACCGGUGUGCUGGUAAAGUUGGUCAUAAAGAAGGGGUAGUGGAUAGAGUGAGUCCCCAGGAUAUAGGGCCAGAUUUGGGGAGUAGGAGGAAGAGAGAGCUGGAGGUUUGGGCCACUCUGAUCCGCUCUAAGGGAAAGGGUGAGCCCACCGCGGCCAAAGCAGCCUCUGCUAGUGCUGGUCACGCCAAGGAGCUACUUCCUGACUCGAAAAGACUAAGAACAGACACAAACUCCACUAUCUCCACAGCCACCGUUCCCAGCGGUAGCUCCCAUGAGCAUUGUUCGUCUGCCAGUCUAGACCAUGAGCAGCGUUUGUCUGCCAGUCUAGACCAGGCCCUUCUCUCAGCCCUGCAGGGUCGACCCUCCUUUACCUCCUACACCUCCCAAACCCCCCAGGUCCAACACAAACACACAGACACACCCGCUGACACCCCAACAGCUUUUCCUAUUUCUCUCCUUCCCCCCCUUCUCUCUCCCCUUCCCUUUCUCUCUCUCCCAGGUGAGAACAGGUGUGGUUCAUGUUCCUGCUCUCUGUCCGUCUACUCGACCUCUCCGUCAGCAUACCGCCUGCCCUGUGGUCACUUCCUGUGCCGCCCCUGCCUACACAGGAAGUCCCGCCCACUUGUCACCACAGCAAUGCCCAAUCACAUCCUAUGUCCCACCUGCAAUAUCCCUGCCUCUUCUAGUAACAUCACACGCGUGCAUCACUGAAUGAAAAAAUGUGUGGCAUUAGCCACUGAACAACCCUACUCACUGAAAACAUGUGUGUUGUUAACCACCACCGGACUCCCACUCACUGUACAUGCCUGUGCUCUUCACUGCAAAUGUGAGGGGUGGACAUUGGAGGAAACAGAUUACAAUGGGACUCUUUAUUAUCCCUUGGGCCUUGAUAAACAAAUACACCUGUCUUGUGCUGCCCCUCUACCCCACUCCCCAACAGAAGUCAUUAAAACGUUUACAGACUAAACUUCUUAAA